CCUGGCCACUUGAGCACCACAUUGCCUUGUUAAGCUGUGGUGCAGCAUUCAGCAAUGGGCUGCGGCUGUUUUUGCCGCCUGGUUGUCCUGCUGCUGACGGCACUGGCGCUUCUGUUUGGCUGCCUCUGCGUGCCGCAGGUGGAGCGUGCCUACAUCAAGUUUGUGGACACAUACACGUAUGGUGUGCCCCUGGCUCAUUUGGCGCUGGUCGUGCUGGGCCAGGUGCCCCGCAUUUGGCAGGUCGGAGGUCCCCUGGGCGUGGGACCAGUGUGGAACCCCUGGCUGGUGGACGCCACAGAUGCGUACAGCAAAGGGGAUGGGCUCAUGCUCUUUCCCAACCCGGACAACAUCGCAUCGUCCUACAUGCUGGCGCGGGUCACCCACGAGAAGGUCAGGGAGGUGCACCACAACCCGACCGCCAAGCGAGACAUCAGCAAGUUCAUCUCUGUGGAGACUGCCACAUCCCCGCCAGGCUACUUUGCCGAUGGCGUGCUGCCCACGCUUCUCCAGCUGAACACGGACGACCCCAAGCGCUACGCGCACCGGGAUUUGCUAUCCGCAACCAUGCCAUCCAUCGCGCAGAGCCCGGACCACGUGCCGGGGUUCCAGGCGCCGCCGGGGGUGUCCGCGCAGGACCUGGUCAGGGACAUUUCCCUGCACUUGUGGCUCCCCUUGAAGAUGGUCACAAACUUGGUCCAGGAUGUCUUCGCCUUCAACUUCUUCAGGCACGCGUUCGAAGUGGACCUCUCACACGAGGAACUGCAGAUGCUGAAGGAGUGGCUGAGCGUGCACAGCCGCAUCAUUGUGGGCCUCAGCUCCAUCUCCGGGGGCAAGCGCUGCGCGGAGCUGGCGAAGGUCUUGGAAGACAAGGUGGCUGCCGGUGCCUUCGGCCAGCGCCUCAUGAAGGAGGCCGAGCGACGAGGCAUGGUUGGUGCUGAUCGGCUGCGCAAGGUGAUCUUCGAGUUCAGCUUCGCCGGCUUCGGCGGAGAUGGGCCCGGAGGCGGCCUGGCCACGAUGAAGCUGCUGAGGCUUCUCCAGAGCAAGCCGGAGAAGUACGUGCCGAUGUUCAAGAAGGACCCGGAGGCCUUCAUCCUGGAGGUGAUCAGAACGCGUGGUGGCGGUGGUGCAGGCAUGAAUCCUUGGAUUGUGGAAUCAACGCAGACUCACACACUGUCGACUGGGAGGGUCGUGACUGAGACUGCUGGAUCCCACGGUGCCACGAUAGCCCUGCACGCCAACCAUGAUCCUGCUGUCUUUGGCGGACCGAAACGAGACCUAGACUAUGCUUUAGCCUUCAUGCCCGGUCGGGAGAAUGCGGACCGGUUCCUGUCCUUUGUGGCAGAGUAUGGGGAGAUCAAGAAGUGCCCGAACGUGACGGGCUGCGCAGAAGCACCCCGCUUCUGCAUGGGCACUUUUGUAUUGCAACGCAUCAUGAAGCAGAUCGGCUUCUUUUACAUCGAAGGCCUUGAGUCGCAGGGGCGCCAGGAGAUGUGAGGGCUUCGGCCUUGAACCUUGUCGGGUUUGCGAAAGGUGCAUCCCCGUGUUUGGCAGCUGGCUGUUUUGGCAUGAGACUUUGGGCUGCUGAGCAGUUUGCACCGUGGUGCAAGUCACGAAUUAGUUUGUAGAGGUUGGCUUGACUCAUUGGUCCCGGUUGAUCCCGUUGGUUCUUGACCUGACUCCUAAAAGGCUGGCGGGUCUGAUACCGACGGGGCCUGGCGUCUCUCGCGGGAUGCCGGCACAAAUCGGUUUGAAGGAGGACAAGAUAGUGCCUGUGUCCGUUCCGUCCCGCAAUGCAUAAGGGUACUUCAGUGCGGGCAGCUUGACUUUUUGCUUGAAUCAGCAUUUUUGCUAGUGCAUGGCUUGCAUGGUAAGUUUGAAACUAUGGGAACAGUGUAUCUUGAUGCUUUCUUAGGUAAACUGAGAGUUGCUUGAAAUCAAAGACU